UAACCUUACGUUCGACAUCUCAAUUUCGAAGCCCAAAAGUUAUCUCCUUCAAUUCUUACACCAGGAAACUGGUUAUCACCCCCGCUGGGUUCUUCGGAACUUGGCGCUUAGGCUAUUAAAGGCAUCCUAAAGUACCGCCCUGGACCCGUAUCGUCGGCAUCUAGUACCAUCUCAGCAUUUUAUUCCCCUUCUUCAACCUGCUUUCCCUUAACCAAUAAGUAGCGGAUAUAAAACUAUCACUUCUUUGUCAUUGGUGCUUGAAAAUGUUAGCUACUGACUUUUUCAUUUUUCUUUCUCUAAGCUCAGCUUGUCUCGGUUGGGAAUGGGAGAGCAGUGGAAAAUUGGAUCAAAAGCAAAGAAACACAUGUCGCGGGGCAGACUCGACUGUUAAAUACACGACGAUUUCUGGCUUCUUCCAACAAGAUGACCCAACUACUGACUCUAAGAGUUUCGACUAUACUGAGACUAACUAUGGUCUUAUCAAUCGGUCGUAUCCAACUGACGGUGUAUUCGACCCCAAGAGAAUGAAAACGCAGUGGGAACGGUUCACUUAUUACGUCGAUUCUUUGAAUGGGGAUUGCGAUGGAAGCACGCAAUACAAAGUCUUAUUUAUGGCUCGCCAUGGCGAGGGUUAUCACAACACCGCAGAGAGCUAUUAUGGCACACCGGCUUGGAACUGUUAUUGGGGUCCACUUGAAGGCAACGGAACUGCCAUAUGGAGGGAUGCUCAAUUGACCGAGGCGGGUAUAGCUCAAUGUACCAAGGCGAAUAACUUCUGGAAACGCGCAUUAGCUGUUGAGAAGAUUCCAGCACCUCAGUCCUACUACAGCAGCCCCCUAAUCCGUUCAGCAACUACAGCAAAUCUUACCUUCAAUGGACUAGAAGUUCCGGUAGAUAGACCUUUCGCGCCCACGAUUAAAGAAUUUCUUCGCGAGGGCAUAUCCAUGCGCACCUGUGAUGAAAGGUCGAAUAAAACAUACAUCCAAACUCUCCUUCCGGCAUUCAGAUUCGAGGACGGGUUCACCGAGGACGACGAGCUAUGGAAGGGGUACGAAGGAGAAACUUCCGAGGCACAGAUAAAGAGGACGAAGAUCGUCUUGGAUGAUAUAUUUAGCAGUGACGAUAGCACUUGGAUCAGUAUCACAAGCCACUCCGGCCAGAUCCGCGCAAACCUUCAAGUAUUGGGCCACAUCGAAUUCAGCUUGUCCACCGGCCAAGCAAUUCCGGCGCUCGUCAAGGCUGUUACUCUCCGUGAGGUCGAGCCCAGUACUACCACUAUUGAGUCAUGGAUAGCCGAGGCUACGUGUAGUUUACCUCCGGUUACUAGUAUCUCAGGCCAAGGCUGCGUCUGCUCGAGCGCCUCCGCUUCAUCAGCCGCGUUCACGACCACAGCUAUCCCAACAUAAGGUUAUAGGUGUAGGGAAUCAUAUAGUCAAGCCAGGAACAAGAACUGGAUAAUUAGUAUGAUAUUAGCAAGAUAAGCGCUACAUAGCAUUUCGCUUAUAUCCUAACGCGAUAGGCGUGUAACGGUCGUACCUAUACUACGACCAUUUCAUCCGGAUACGACCCUCGGCCACACGGAAACCUU